CUUAACUUGUUAUGAAUCUGAUUGUGGUUUCUGAUGUGCUCUGUGUUACAGUGGUACAGGGUCAGAAUGACUGGGGAGUGACUUACACUUCUACUCAGAUCUGUGCCUUAAAAGGAUCAACAGUGGACAUAAACUGCACCCACAGAUACCCAUCCAGAGUAAAUGACCAUGAUACUACAGUUCAAGAAACAUUCUGGUUUAUUAAAGGUGAUGAAUAUGUGGAUCUGAGAACAGACUCGGAGUACGCAGGUCGUGUUCAGUAUCACUGUGAUAAGAACGACUGCACUCUGAGAAUCACAGACCUGAGAGAGAGCGACUCAGCUGAGUACAAGUUCAUGUUCACAACAAACCGACCAGGAGGGAGAUUUACUGGUUCACCUGGAGUCACUUUGACUGUCACAGAUCUCCAGGUGCAGGUGAUCCGAUCAACAUACUACUCGCAUUCUACCUGGGCAGUGUGUCACAGCAGAUGUCAUCUACCUGAUCGUUCUUCCUUCAUCUGGUACAAGAAUGGACAGAAAAUUCAGGAUGAAACAUCUUCUACUUAUAAAAAGUUCCUUUCCUCCUCAGACAGCUUUUCCUGUGCUGUAAAAGGAUUUGAGCAUCAUCCUGCUCCUUCAGUGUGUGAGUUUACAACACAUUCUCUCACUAAACUAACCACAUCUAGUGGAGCCUUUAUCCUAUUGUACUAUACCUUGUAUUUACAUGUAAUUCAGGGGCAGCAUGUGAUUCAGAAAUUGACAUAGAAGUGGAUCAAAACCAAACCACAACCCAAUGAGGUUUUACACAUGUUACAUUCUUAUCUUAUUCACUGUGUUGACUGUGACAUUAAUGUAAAAUAAGAGCUUACUGUACAUUUAAAAAGUCAGUUCACUCAAAAUACAAAAAUCAUAUUUUCUAA